ACCGUCAGCAAUACUACUGUCGACGCCAGCUGAGACCUAGAAUUAAGAUUAUCGAAUUGUCUAUCAACAAAAUGGCGGCGAUAACGAUUCAAGGUUUCAUUUACGGUUCGCUUCAAAGAAUGGUUAGACUAUCAUGAAGGGAUUGCAGUGAAAUUAGAACAGCUGUAAAAGAAGUGAUGUUUUAUUUUAUGUAAACAAAAAAAAGCAAAAACAAAACCAAUAGAUACUAAAAGUAUCACAAUAAAUUAUUGAUAAUAAAUACUUGUUAAGAGCACGCAAGAUAAAAUGGCUUAUAAAGAAACCAUACAACAUCAGCCAAGUCUUCUAAGAGAGGCUGUAAUUCAGAUUGGUGCAGGAGGUUUUGCAGGUUUUGUAGAAGCCUGCAUGAUGCAUCCAAUGGACCUUAUUAAAACACGUUUCCAACUGCAAGUCAAAGUUGCACAGCAAGAUGCUCUUUACUAUACAGGAAUUCAUGACUGUAUAAAAAAAAUGUAUAUACAUGAAGGGCUAGCAGCAUUUUGGAAAGGUAUAUUACCACCAAUUAUCAUGGAAACUCCCAAAAGAGCUGUAAAAUUCUUCUCCUUUGAGCAGUAUAAGAAGUUGUUUAGCAAUAAUACAUCAAAAACAAUGACAUAUUAUUAUGCUGGCUUCUUAACUGGAGUAACAGAGGGUAUUUUAGUAAAUCCAUUUGAAGUUGUUAAAGUGCAAUUGCAAUCUAACCGUAAACAUAUCAGUCACAGCCCAUCUACUUUUGCUGUGACUCAACGUAUUCUUACCGAGCAUGGUUUUGGAUUAAAUGGUUUGAAUAAAGGUCUAUCUGCCACAAUAAUGAGAAAUUCUAUUUUUAAUACAUUUUAUUUUGGAAUCUAUAAUUCUGUAGUUCCUCAGUUACUUAAACAGAAGGAUCAAGUUCCAGAAUUACUUCUUAAGUUUAUUGUAGGUUUUAUAUCAGGGACAGUGGCAUCCUGUAUGAACAUACCCUUUGAUGUUGCUAAAAGUCGUAUUCAAGGACCUCAAGGUGAAAUUCAAUAUAAAAGUACACUACAAACUAUUUACUUAGUCUAUCACAGAGAAGGAUUUAGAGCUUUAUACAAAGGAUUAGUACCAAAAAUAUUGCGAUUAGGACCAGGUGGCGCCAUAAUGCUCAUAGUUUACGAGCAAGUGAAAUCAUAUUUUAGUAUGGAAAUUGAUAAUUGAUUGGAGUUCUAGACUGCAAUAAAGACUGACUACGUGCAUUUAUUUAACGACAUUGUUAUAAAUUAUUCAGAAAAAUUUAGAAGGUCUAAUUACGACAUCAGUUAUUGUUAUACAAAGCUUUUGAAGUUGGUAGAUUUAACAUAGAAGCAUAGAAGGAGGAAAAAAGAAAAGGAGGUAA